UUUUAUAGAUGAACCUCCACCACCUUGCAGAUCUAGAAAUCGCAUUGAAUAUGAAUCGUAUGUGAGAGAUUAAUGGAGAGGUUUUAAUAUGAUUAUUCGUAACUGGUAUGUUUCUGUAUCUGAGGAAGAAUAUGAAAGAGUUCUUGCGAAGAACUGGAGAGGUGACGAAGAAGAACACGGUCUAACCCUCACAGAAGUCCAAAGUAAAAACGAAGUCCAUCAAAACUAAAAGCCCAAAUGGUGUGCACAACUAUAUUAAUGAAACGCAGAAUCGCAGAAUGAGGACACGUGGCGCGCCCAAAAUCACUGACUUUCUGACCUGUCUGCCUAUGUGACUUCACCAGGAGGGAGAAAACCAUUUUUUAUAUAUAAAGAUUUGCAAAAAGCCUUUAACUGGCCCAAAACAUUUCCCGAAAAUCUAUACAGCCACGUCCUUUCAUCUUCUUCUACUCGCGAAACCCCAAAUUUCCUGCCGCUCCGGAUUUCUGGUGUAACUUUCUACCUGAAUAAUUAAGCUUCAUCAAAUCUAUGUUAAUGGCUUCUGCAAUCAAAACCUACUUGCCGAUAGAAUUUCCCUGCCUUCACCCUAUAUAUAUCACUCUGUUACAGUCUACAAAAAAUCCUUCACUUCCAUGACCAACAAAUCAGCAAUAUCAUCCUCCACAUUCACUACGCUAUGUUCUUCAGUUACGUUCUUCUCGGCUUGGUAGAGGCGAAGCUUCUAUUUAGGAUCAUCCAUUUUUGGGAUCCCAGAGCACAGCGAGAGGAUGCAUGCUUAUUGGUCUGGAUAUAAGGAGAGGAGGCGGAUUCAAAAUGCAUGUUCUUUCGACUACUGCAAAGAGAUUUCGUUUGUGAGAUUAUCAAUACCAAACUACUGAUUUGUAAUUUGGUCAUUUGUGAUUCGUUGAACCAAACUAUUCGUUUUCUUUCAAUCUCUGUCUUUUUCUAAGCCAAAACCUUAUUUUUGGCAUUUUUCAGAUUUAUAGGAACUUCUAGCCAAAACAUGGAAGACCUUGACAGUAUAUCGAAGGCUUGGUUCGAUUUUUGGAAAGAACGCUGAGGUGGAAACAUCUAGCUCCCAUUUCACAAACAACACCCGGUGAGUGAGAGUACACUUUCCCUUGCAUAUUUUACCUUUUUGGGACUAAGCCCUCAAGAAAAAUGAAAAAGUACAAAAUGAAACUCAUUGGUUUAAUUCACUUUCAUACAAAAUUUCUCAAAUUUCUAUGGAUUCAAAGUUUUUUUUUUGGUUGAGCCAAGAACCUGAUCAUAGCUUCGUUUUGGUUCUUUAGCAAUGAUACGACGGUUGACGCUUUCGACACUUUCGUCUGCAAAAAUGGAGCCGGAAACCAUAUUCUGGGAGCUGUCUUUGUUGAACUCGAGACCAUUGUCAUCUAUAAAGUCUACCGGGACUUACUAGCAGCUUUUCAAUCAUGAGUAACUUAACUCUGGGAACAACUUCGCCAAUGGUGAGAGAAAAUUUUAUUUUUCUCUUCUUCUUACUGAUUAUUCAAAUGGUGAUUAGAAGUUAUAUAGUCGCAGUUGGAAAGGAGAUUGUGGACCUUUGUCUUAACAGUGUCAGAGAUCUUGCCGACAACUAUACAUGCUUGCAAGGGGUUAUUGGUCUUUAAUGCUGUUGGUGGAGUAACUGGUUCUGGUUUGAGAUAUCUGUUGUUAGAACCUUUGUCUGUAGAUUAAGGAAAUAAGUCGAAACUUGGAUCCACCAUAUAUCCUUCUCCUCAGGUUUGUACUGCUGUUAUAGGUACCUUACAACGGUGUUCUCUUGCUGCCUUCGCUACUUUUAAAAUCUCUCAUAUUUCCUAAAUUUUUCAAGCUCGGUGUUGCGGUUGUAGUGCAUUGAAGUUUGAGCUAAUGAUCUCCCUCAAAUGUCGGCACAUAUUUUGACAGGGAUUCAUGUGGGCGAGAAAGUCUUAUUCCUAAGGAUUCAGUUAUUCGCAAAUGACAAUAUGCAUCCGUUCAUAUUCCAAAAGAGGCAAUACCCCCAAUAAGAGUAUGUUAUGCACAGGUUGCCCUCAAUCUCCCAAGACCAGUUUGUAGGCAUGGUCAGUUUUUUUUGGCUCUCUCACGACUCACAAAGCCUGUGAGAAUAAAAAUCAACAUUAUAAUAGGACAGUUUCAAGGCUCCUUAAGGUGUACACGUAGGCAAACGUGUGGGACCCACCUUAUUUAUUUUUUCCGGACCCCGUGGGCUAAAUAAAUGGGCUUCUUGUUUGUUCAUAGCUAUUGAAUGGGCUUAAGGGUUGCUCCUGCGUUUUGGUAAGAAGAAAGACCGAGCCCUCGGCUUCUUCCAGAUCCUUCACCUAUGGUCGAUUCCUCUUCGGUCUUAUCGGAUUAACUCGAUCUUUAUGGCUGUCUUAAGUUCCUCGGACGACGAAACGUCAACCUCUAACGCAUCCAGAAGAUCCUAUUUAUAGGUUCUUCAUGAAAUCAGGUAUCGCCCUCCUCGCUACUUUUUCCUCCCUUUUUUUCAUCCUGUUUCUGAAUCCGUUACGAUAAUGGCUUCAUCCCCAACUCCAGUCGUUAACGCCGCCGUCGGCAACCCCACGUUUUACUCUCUUCGUCUCGGAAGAUCUGCUUAAUCUGUUGUUGGUCGACUCAUCCGGUUUUGGGAUUCCCGCAACGUCAGCAAGAACGGAGAGUUUAUGGGGAUAACAAUUCUACUCCUCGAUGAAUUAGACUCGGUGAUUCAUGGUUUCAUUCCAGCUAAUCGGGCCAACCAUUACCGGUCCUCUUUGAGAACCGGUUCUAUUGUCAGAUUGGACCGUUUUGACGUGGCAAGGGUGGGUCACACGUAUAAUAUUACUGAGCAUCAGUACGUCAUCCGGUUCAUUCCUUCAACGCGUGUUGUUGAGGUCCAAACGGAUGCCCCUGUGAUCAAGAUGGACAAGUUUAUGGUUAGGCGUUACGAACAGCUUCAAGUGCUUGCGAACACCAGUUUAGAGCUACCAGAUGUUGUUGGUGAGAUAAAAUCUGUGCAGGGGUCCGAUCUCAAGAACCAAACAGCCAGAAGCAGGGUUGUUGUCCGCCUAUUAAUUGAACCGAACAUGACCGUGUUCAUGUCUUUAUGGGAUGAGGCUGCAUCAGCUUUUAGAGGUCUCUUGAAAGCUGGGGAUAAAUCACAGUCCGUGAUGUUGGUGACCACAGUUAAUCCUAAACUCUUUGGAGGGAAUCUGUAUCUCAAUUCCACACAAGGGACUAGGUUCUUCUUUGACACCAGUAUCUCUGAAAUAGCAGAGUUUGUUAGCAGCAUUGGAGCUACACCACCUCAAGAUUAUACAUGUGUCGACACGCUUGAAAGAGUCAAGAAAAAGGAGCUUGUGUCAAUAGGGGAUCUCAACACAUUCAUCUCGAACUCUAACGAACAGACCCAAGAAGCUGAUUUCCUCUGCAAAGCCCAGAUUAUUGGUGUCAUUCAGGAAAAUGGGUGGUUCUUUGUGUCCUGCACUGGUUGCCACAAAAAAUUGGAAAAACGUGGGACGUCAUUGGACUGCAGCAGAUGUGCAACUUCUGACGUGACUGGUGUUGUUAGGUUCCGCGUUGAGCUUGCUGUUGAUGACGGAAAAGAUAGCACAACGUUUGUUGUCUUCGAUAAGGAGAUGAACAAGCUCACCAAACAGGAAGCUGCUGUGCUUGCCCUGGAUGAGGUUUCAAACGGUGGAGAGGAGUAUCUCCCAAGUUGUCUUGAAGAGCUAGCAGGGAAGGAGUUUGUGUUUCAGAUCCGUGUAACACCUUUCAACUUCCCUCCCAAUCACCGUACCUUCACCGUUGCCACCAUCUCUGAAGCUAGCGAGACACACUCUGAGAACAGUGGAGUUGACACAGGAUUGGAAGCUUCGUCUUCGGGCCCGUCUGUUUUGGGAGUCAAGAUUAGUGAAGAACGUGCAUCAGGCAAUAAUCCAGGGAAUGAAGGCGCUCAGCAGAGACGCAAGCGUGGCCAUGAGUAAUUGGGAAAACAUAUUCCUACAAACCCGUCAUCAGUCUUAUUUGUCUUUUUUUAAAAAAACUUCUACUAGCUCUUUGACAAAAAAAAAAAAAAAAACUUCUACUAGCUAUGAUACUCAUUAUGAGCUUUGAUCUCUGUCGUUAUCGUUUUGAUUUCCAUGGAUA